CGGAUCAUCACUCCGCCGCGAAGUUCCUGACGCAAAGCCACCCACCCACCCGUCACGUCAUCCCGCCUACUGCGUGGGUAGAGAGGGAGUGAGGCGCCGCUGCAUCCAUCCACCAUCGGGCCGUCCCGUCCAUCCAUCCAUCCGUCCAUAUGUACGCGCCCGAGGAGUACGGGUCGUACCGCAAGGAUGACCGGGGAUGCACCGACCUGUGCGGCCUCAUCAUGUUCAUCUUCGCCGCGCUCCUGCUGGCGGGUUUGGCGGUGACGGCAUACUCGGAGGGCGAGGUGGCCCGCCUCUACAAGGGCAUCAACUACAACGGCCGGCUCUGCGGGCUGGACCAUCCCGUGGAGGCCAAGCCCUACCUCUUCUGGCCCAAGUCGCCAUCUAGCGGCGACAUCGACCCAUCCACACCCCUGUGUGUCAAGAAAUGCCCCACCGAGGACGACGCAAACAAGGCCGUCACCGUCAACUACCCCGAGAGGACCACCGUAUACAACAACAAGACCAAAACGGUACGCCACGCCUCUCAACAGGCAGGCCAGGCCAUUCAUGUGUUGUGUGGCCACCGUUGAUUGAUCUCCCCCUCUCUCUCUCCUUCCCUCUCUGUGUGGGCUGGGCUUGGCUUGUGUGUAUCAUAUGUUACGUGUGUGAUCUUGUUUGUCAGACGAGCACGACGCAGACGCUGCUGCCGACCCCGGUGUACGCGACCACUUUGGUGUUCCGUGCCUACUGCAUGCCCGAGGACCCCGACCUGCGUGCAGCGGUGGAGCCGCAGUUCGCCACACACUUCCACCAGUUCCAGGCGGCCGUCGGCGGCAUCGCCAGCUCAUGGCCACUCAUCCUGUCGGCCCUGCUGGCGGCGGCUCUGCUGUCGUUCGGAUGGGGUCAGCUGAUGCGUCUGGUGCCCAAGCCGAUGAUGUGGGGGUCAGUGGGGCUGGUGGCCGCGCUGCUUUUGGUCAUCGGGGGGGCGCUGCUGUAUGUGGGCUUCACGGGCGACGCCAUCACCGAGUAUAUGGGGAAUAUCAGUGGGGACAACCAAGUCUGGGCGAUCGUGGUGAGCACUCUGGCACGAACAGCACCUGGGCCAUGGGGUGGCACAUCCCCCUCUCUCUCUCUCUCUCUGUUUGUGUGUGUUCUCUUGGUCAGAUUGGUGCGGUGCUUCUGCUGAUCGCCGUCCUGUUCAUCAUCGUGAUUGUGUUCGCGCAGCAGACGAUGAACGUGGCCGUGGCGGUCAUCGACGCCGCCGCAGACUGCGUCAUGGACAUCCCCAUGAUGGUCCUGGGACCGCUCAUCACCUCAGCAGGUCGCACACACAGACACACAGACAGACAGACAGACACACAGACAGACAGACAGCCACAUACACGUGGACGAAUCGUGUUGUGUUUGUUGUGUUUGGUGUGUGUGUGUGUGUGUGUUGCAGCGAUGGUGGGCUGGGCGGUGCUGUGGAUGGUGACCUUCCUCUACAUUGUUAGCUCGGGAGAAGUCUACGGCAAAAAGGUCAGUCACAACAAAUCCACCACCAACGAACAAACGAGCGAAUAUCAGUCGUGCGGCAUCGCAUCGCACAUCAGAGCCCUCUCGCCCUCUGUGUGUGGUGUGGUGUGGUGUGGUUGGUCAGAUGGCGUUGGGUAUGCAGGAGAAUGGGGGCGCGGAGGUGGAGGGCCUUCACAGGGAGAUACACUGGGACAGCAGAAUGAUCCUAUUCGCCAUGUGUGUAAUCCAAUCAAUCGCAACACCACCACCGCCACACGCCACGCCCCCAUCCCUCUCUCCCUUUCCCUUCUAUCGGUGUCCUUGCGGUUCACUCGUUUGUUCAGCCUAUGGACGUUUGCCCUGUUCUGGGUCUUCGAGAUGCUCGUGUCCUACACACAAUUCGCCAUCUCUUACGCCAGUCAGUCAACACACCCACACACACACAUACGCGCACACGCACACGCACACAGACACACACACCCUGGGUGCACCUGUACGACGCCUCCCUCCCUCCCUCCCUCCCUGCCUCCCUGCCUGCCUGCCUGUGCUACUUACUGUUGGUUCUGUCUGCAGCUGUGGUGUGGUACUACACCGAGCCGAAUCACGUGACCGAGGAGCGAGACCCCGAGGGCUGGCCGCCCCUGGACGGUUUGAAGAACGGCAUCGUGUACCAUCUGGGGUCCAUCGCCCUCGGGGCCCUCCUGGUCGGACUCACGCGACCCGUCCGCAUACUCUUCUCGUGGGCCAGCCAGAAACCACACCAGGGCAACCGAGUACAGACACAACUCUACAGAAGCUUCGGUAGGUAAUGGGCCAGUGGCUGAGUGAGUGAGUGGGGGCUGUGUGGGGCGGGGGCGGGGGGAGGGAGGGAGAGUGAUGGUGGGGUGUGUGUGUGUGCAGGUCAGUGUGUGGAGUGUUACCAGGCCAACAUAGAGUGUCUGAGUUCUAACGCCUAUAUCGAGUUGGCCGUCUCGGGCUCUCACAACUUCAUCACUGCCGCCAGAAUCGCACUCAAGUCAGUCAGACACACACACACACACACAUACACACACACGGACUGCUAUCUAUCUAUCUGUGUGUGUGUGUGUGCGUGUGUGUUUCCAGCAAGGUGCUGACCUGCCAGACCAACAUAGUCUUCCUCUACGGGGUGAGCGGACCGCACUGACUGACACUCACACACGUGUGUCGUGUUGUGUUGUGUGGUGUGGUGUGUUCCUACUGGAUGGCCCACGGCAGAUAUCGACAUUCAUUUCCUACGUCGGUGCGGCGGCGGUGUCGCUGCUCGUCACCUACGUCUGCUGGGAGGUGGGUGGGGGCCUGGGGGCGGGCGGCGGUGACGUCACUGCACGCCCUUAUUUGCAUACACGUGUGUGUGUGUGUGUCAGGUCAUGACGCGGGCGAAUGUGUUCACCAGUCCCGACUCGGCCUACUGGGUGGAGUCCCCCGUCUUCCUCACAGUGGUGGGUGGGGGGUGGGGGGGUGAGCUGCUGCCCACUGCACUGAGACACACACGGACGCACACACACACUCACUCACUCACACAGACAGACACAGCUCCGGUGCGUGAGUGUAUUGUCCUGUCUGUCUUUGUGUGGUCGGCCUGAAUGAAUGGCAAUGGCUGUGUUGUGUGCAGUUGAUAUUCAUUAUCUCCCUCUUCGGGUCGUCCGUAUACAUGCAGGUCUUCGACCAGGUCACACCCACCCACACACACACACCCGUCGCCCACCUAUAGAUAUGUACCCGCUGUCCUGUCUUGUCCUGUCAUCUGAUCUGUUUGUUGGUCCCUCACUCAGGUGGCUGACACCAUCCUCUACUCGUACCUUUGCGAGGCGGAACAACAGGCAUUCGGAAGUGAGUGCGCAAAACACCACACACACACACACACACACAGAGGGAGACCAACACGCACACACUCUUUCUCUCUCUGUGUGUGACUGUGAUGCAGUCAAGGAUUACAACCCCGACAACAAGCGCUACGCGCCGCCCGCCCUGAAGGAGCUCCUCAAGUUCGGCCCACACUCAUACGGCGAGAGGGCCGCGCUGGCACAGCAGCAGGAGUACAUCUGAUCCCACCGACGGGACGGAGGGACUGACUGACGGACGGUUGAGAAUAGAUACCUAGCGCCGACUCCUCCCUUGAGAUUAUCGAAUCGAUGAGUAGCCAGCCAGGCAGCCCACGCCGCUCUCCCUCUCUCUAUCUCUCUCUGCAGCUGAGCUCAGCUGGUGUGUACAGGUCAGGUCACCCACCCCACUCUGCUUGCGUUGCGUUUCGUCACCUCAUUUCUCUUGCCUCCUUCGACUCGACCAGCAUGCCAUGCCAUGGUUGGCUUGGCAUGGCAUGCGAUGCGUACCGUCUUCAUCUCUCCAUCUGUGUGUGUAUGUGUGUUGCUUUGCGUGGUGUGUAUAGUCAUUCCUUCCUUCCUUGUGGGGUGGGUGCGUGGCGUGGCGUGGCGUGGCGUGGAUCUGUCUGUCUGCGGACACGCAGCACGUAGACCACCCUUUUAAGUAUAUAAGUGCCCUUGGCCUGGGGCGUCCACUCGCCCAAUCGACGGACGGGGGUCGGGUGGGGGGGUGGGGGGCUGACUGACUAGCAACCCUCAUCCAUCCCCCCUUUCCGCAGGCAGGCAGCCUUUGGCUGGCUGGCUUUUGCCCGUCCGUCCGUCCGUCGUCGCUGUGUAGACAAACAUAACCUGCGUCCGAUACGAUACAUACUGCCUGCCUAGCUGUGAAUACUCCUCACUCCCUCACCUCACCUCCCCUCACCUGUCUCUCUCUGCCUGUGCAAGCUAUGCUGGAUGAUGAGUAGUGCCUAGACGUGCGGGGUUGCCUCGCCUCGCCUCGCCUCAUGAAUCGAUUCGUGGUUAUGUUUCUGACUUGCGUGUCGCGUCGCGUGUCGUUUCCUGCGCGUGUGCGUGUCGUGUCUGCAUGUGCUGUGCGUGGGGUGGGGUGGGCGUGGGUUCCUGCGUGUGCGGUUGGUGUUUUGUGGGGACGGACGUGACACAUGAUUGUGUGAGUGAGUGACCAUGCCGCUGGGCUCCGCUACAAUGAAUGCAAUGCGCCUUCCU